AUGUGCUCAAAUAGGACUUGGUUAUGUGACAGCAAAACAGAAAAAGCAAUAUGUACGGCGUAUGGACAAGGACAUUAUAUUACCUUUGAUAAUAAGCGAUUCACCAUCAAUGGAAACUGUGAAUAUACUUUGGUUCAGGACUAUUGUGACAUUAAUGAUUUAGAGAAUGGAACCUUUAAAAUUAUUACUGAGAAUAUACCAUGUGGUACAACAGGAACGUCCUGCUCCGUGGCCAUUACAUUGUAUCUAGGGGCUCAUAAGAUUAUUCUCGCCGAUGGACACAUAGAUGUUAUGGGCACAUCAAGUAAUGUUCAAAUUCCAUACAUAACUCGAACAAUGGGUAUAUAUUUAGUCAUUGAGACAAAUAUUGGACUUGUUUUAGUAUGGGACAAGAUGACAAGUAUUUCAAUUCAUCUAAGCAGGAGCUAUCAGGGGAAGGUCUGUGGUCUUUGUGGAAACUUUGAUGGAAACAGCAAAAAUGAUUUUACAACAAGGAGUAUGUGCUUAGUAGAAGACGUGAAACUGUUUAGAGACAGCUGGAAGAUAUCUUCAGACUGUCCAGAAGUGUACAUCUCCAAAGAGCCAUGUGCCAUUCACCCAUACAGGAUGCCCUGGGCACAUAAAAUGUGCUACAUCAUUAAAAGUGAUGUGUUUGCACAAUGCCAUGCAGAGGUGGACCCUGAAGAAUAUUAUGAGGCUUGUGUCAGAGAUACGUGCGCAUGUGACACUGGAGGAGAUUGUAACUGUUAUUGUACAGCUGUUGCUGCUUAUGCGCAAGCAUGUAGUGAAUCCUGUGUGUGUGUAGAUUGGAGAACUGAAACAGUUUGCCGGUGCUAUCCCAAAUGUCCAAAGGAAAGGCCAUACUUUAAUGAAGAUGAAAUGCAGUGUGUGGCUGAUUGUGGAUGCCUAGACAAUAAAUCUAAUUAUUACAAGCUUGGAGAGAAAAUUGAAUCCUGCAACAUCUGCGAAAGCUGUCGUGUUACCACCAAAGUUGAUGUAUUGACCAGUCAACUUUCAACAGUGCCCCCCACACUCAAAUUAUCAUCAUCUACAUUGUCAUCAACAGGACCUACCAUAACAUCUGCAACAUCUACUAAGGUAAAAGAGGUCAGUAACCACCUUAUUCCAACAAAAGAACUUUCUGAAACUACUACUAAUCAGACAACAGUCCCACCUUCAGGUAUUCCUCAAUUUAUUAUGGAAAAACACAGAGCACUUGAUAAAAUUGCUGAGGCCCAGGUCUCCACAACAGGGAGAGCUUCAGCAACACCCGUGUCAACUCCAAGUAUUGUUAGCUUAAAUAAAACCAGGAUCCAGUAUGCAUCUAAAAUAUUAAUUUCAAUGGAAAUAUUUGGACUUUAUGCAUCUUAA